CGAAGCGUUUCCACUUCCGGUGUUAGGACUCGAUGCCCUGAGUGAACGCUUACAGCCGAGCAAUUCAGCUGAUUCAAGGGUCACUGCUAUCUACUGAACGUUAAAACAGCGUGUUUAGAGUGUAGUCGAUGCGAUGCGGCAUCUUAAAAGAAUAGUGGACGCGUAUGUUAUUUUCCAGUCGGCGUUCGUGCUGUCGUACUGUUUCGUCGAGUCGGAGCCCGGGCCUGUUGCGGGCAAUGGAGACCGCUUCAAGAUCGAGGGCCGUGCGAUUGUCUCGGGUGUGAAAGCGCAGGACUGGGUCUCUUCAGCUCGGGUCCUGGUAGAGGGAGGCGAGUAUAUCGGAUUCCUCAGGACAGACGGGAGUUUUGCUGUGCAUGAUGUUCCAUCUGGUUCCUAUGUAGUUGAAAUCAUAUCUCCAUCUUAUAAAUUUGAGCCAGCCCGAGUAGACAUCACUUCUAAAGGGAAAAUGAGGGCCCGCUUGGUGAACUACAUCAAGACGUCAGAGGUAGUCCGACAGCCGUACCCCCUGCAGUUAAGAGCCAACGGGCUGCAUUCAUACUUCAUGAAGCGAGAGACGUGGGGGUGGACCGAUUUCCUUAUGAAUCCGAUGGUCAUGAUGAUGGUCCUUCCCUUACUAAUUAUUGUUCUGCUUCCAAAAGUGGUGAAUACCAACGACCCAGAAAUGAGAAAGGAGAUGGAGCAGUCCAUUAACAUGCUAAAUCCCAAUCCUGAGUUGCCAGAUGUCUCAGAGUUUAUGACCAAGCUCUUCUCUAAGGGGUCCAGCAAGCCAGGGGGAAGCAACAAAGGCAGCAGGAACGCAGCACUGAAGAGGAGGUAGUGCUGCUAAUAGAGACUGAUGGGUCUUUUUUUUCUAUGUGUGUGUGUACAAUUUGUUUUGUGGCCGGUUUCUCAUUUUUAUUUUUAUUUUGUCACAAUAAAUCUAACUGUAAUGGAUAAAAAGCUUGAGCUUGACAUGGCAGGGCUGUGUAUUAUGUUCACUUUUUUUUAAUCAGUUGUUAUAGUCACCACAUGUAACAUUUUAAUAUAUCUACACGCAAACAUUUACAACCAUUUAGAAAUGCACCAGUAGUUUUGUUCAUGGUUAGCUGGGCCAAGAUCAUCAGAAGGGUAAUAUAUGAGUUUAUUGCUGCUGAGGCUGAGAUUUCUAAAUAAAAUAAAGGUCUUUUUCAGGGUUGAGGCUUGUUGAAAUGUCACUUGAAUCCCAACCCAGUUCCCACAAUUACUUGAAACAGAGCUUUUACUUUGAAAUAGUUAGUAAUAUUGUGUCAUGUUUGUAUAUGACUGUGAAUGAAGAUGUUGAAUGCCUAAAAUUUUAGCAAAGAAAUAUAAACAUAUUUAAACUGAAUGCUAAUAAAUUGUAACAGACA